AUGGUAUCAGAGCAGUGGCGUACCACCUGCGCCGCCGCCGUCACCAGCGCCGGUGAAACCAGCCAGGGAACGAACGCAUCUUCACCGAUUGCGCAAACACCAGGCCAAAUUGCUCUAGGAGCGAUUCCGCAGGGGAGUCCCUUUCGAUCCGAGAGAAAUUACAUCUACGAGUUGGAAAAUCCUCUGUUCCUCAGUUCCAGUGAUAGUACGUAUGCGGUUCUCGUCAGUCCGGCGUUGUCUGGAAGCGCGAACUACGGCAGUUGGAGUAUAUCGAUGAAGAUCGCCUUAGAAGUGAAGAACAAGUGGACGAUCGUCGAUGGAAGCACUCCACCACUGAACAGAGAGCACAACCUCUACGUUACUUGGAGACGAUGCAACUUGAUGAUCUGUUCUUGGAUCUUCAAGUCUGUGCAUCCCUCCAUAGCACAAAGCGUAAUGCAUCUUGACAAUGCAAAAAGCAUUUGGGAGGAUCUGAGACGUAGGUUCUCACAACAGGACGCACAUAAGAUUUCGAGCUUGCAGUCUGAGAUCUAUGGCUUGAAACAAGGAUCUCUUUCCGUCAGUGAUUAUUACACUAGAUGCAGAACGUUGUGGGAGGAGAUGAACACAUUGCGGCCGUUUCCUCUUUGUAAAUGUGAUCCCAGGUGCAGCUGUGACCUCGCUGACAUCAUCAGAAAAGAAAGAGACACGGAUCAAGUGAUUCGAUUCCUACAGGGGCUUAAUGAUGAUUACAAUAGCCUAAAAUCUAAUGUGCUUGUUUUAGAUCCUUUACCAGAGGUUUAUAAGAUCUUUGUUAUGGUAGAAAAACUGGAAAGGCAAAUCACAUUAACCAAUCUAAGUUUAGCAGGUCCAGAGGUUGUUCAAGCCAAUGCUGUGCAAGGCUCCAUGAAUGAUGAGAUAAUAGCAGUUGUUCAUGGCUCUUUUAAUGGUGAAGGCAAAAUGCACUUAUUGCGGAAUGACUGGACACACCAUUGA